GAUACAGAGUAUAUAUAUAUAUACACACAAAGCAAACUCAAAGUCAUAUAUCAUAAAAUCUUUGUUGUUCAGUUGUCUGUAAUCCGAAAAUCUUUCCCUGAGGGAACAAGAAAAGCUUUGAAAGCUCUGGUUUUCAAUUCCAGGUAUUCUUAAUCUGCAGGUAAUUUAUAAUAUAGUGCUGGAGAACUGAGAAAUGACUGUAAAAACUGAUAGCUUUAGAGGAAUAGAUUCAGAGGGGGUAAUCCGUGCAAAUGGGCCGGGAAAGAUGAUUAGAAAGAAUUCGAUAAGGUUAAGGAGCUUUGAACCUACGAAACUAAUGUUGGAGAGGAACCUGUCGUUCAAGGAUCUUGUUCUGGACAUAGAAAGAUCAUCAAAUGCUAAAAAUGCGAAACCAACACCAACGCCUACUUCCCUUCAAGAACCAUCCAUCAUGUUUUCUCCUCGCCCUGUUAGUGAGCUUGAAGCAGCUGCGGUCAAGCUCCAGAAAGUGUACAAGAGUUAUAGGACUCGAAGAAACCUCGCAGAUUGUGCUGUUGUGGCUGAAGAGCUAUGGUGGAAGGCCUUGGAUUCUGCGGUUUUGAAGCAAAGUUCUGUUUCGUUCUUCAAUGACGAGAAGCCAGAAAGCGCUGUUUCUCGAUGGGCUAGAGCGCGCACAAGAGCUGCAAAAGUUGGAAAAGGGUUGUCUAAGGAUGAGAAGGCUCAAAAGCUUGCCCUACAACAUUGGUUGGAAGCAAUCGAUGCACGACAUAGGUAUGGACACAAUUUGCACCUCUACUAUGAUGUUUGGUUUCAAAGUGAAAGCUCCCAACCUUUCUUCUACUGGUUGGAUGUGGGAGAUGGGAAAGAAAUAAAUCUCGAGAAGUGCCCGAGGACGAGGUUGCAUCAUCAAUGCAUUCAAUAUCUUGGGCCCAAAGAGCGCGAGUCUUAUGAAGUUAUUAUUGAAAACGGGAGGCUUGUGUACAAGCAAAGUGGCAUUUUCGUGGAGACGAUAGAAGGUUCAAAGUGGAUCUUCGUCCUUAGCACCUCAAGAACGUUAUACGUGGGGCAAAAGAAGAAAGGCGUGUUUCAACAUUCGAGCUUUUUAGCUGGUGCAGCUAUCACAGCUGCUGGGAGACUAGUUGCUCAUCAUGGCGUUUUGGAGGCAAUUUGGCCAUACAGCGGUCACUAUCAUCCGACAGAAGAGAACUUCCAAGAAUUCAUUAGCUUCCUAAAAGAGCACCUUGUAGAUCUCUCAAAUGUUAAGAGAUGUGCAGUUGAUGAUGACUCGUUUUCAUUCAAGACAGUCGAUGAAGGGUCCGAUGGCUUGGCAAAGAAAUGGUCUACUGGAACGGGACCACGCAUUGGGUGCGUUCGAGAUUACCCAACCGAGCUGCAAUUCAGGGCGCUCGAGCAGGUUAACCUGUCACCUCGAGUGGUAAACGGUGGCUUUAUCAACUAUGGUCCAGUCCCAUCACCCCGGCCUAGCCCUAAGGUCCGGCUUUCGCCUAGGAUUGCACACAUGGGGAUGCCUAGUCCCAGGACUCACAUCCCAGUUGCAUCAAGUUAAGGCAAAUAUAUGGAUAGAGUAACCAACUGACAAAUUUGAUCUCUACUGGUGCUUCUGAACUAACUCCCCAAAUCUUCAUUCAUCUAUUCAUUCAAUCAAUUUUGUAUGUUUUAUUUAAGGCCAGGGGGCAUAGUUUUUAGACAAACCAUGUGUUUGUUUUUUGUGGCUCUUUUUGCUUGGAGAUUUAGGUUUGUUUAGUUCUUCAAUUCAUUUUUGAAGAAUGCCAUCAUAAAUCCAAAUUUGGUAGAGGCAUGUAGUAUUUAGAAUAAGACUACAUUUCAAGGAUAAAGUCUCCUUAUGUCAACUUGAAAUUUGUAAUUUUGUAUCUAUUUUAUAUUAUAGAUAUACUUGACCAUAAUAUUAUUUAGAUGAAUAUUUUUUUUAAA